AUGUAUAGCAAAGCUACCACCGCCGCUUUGGCGACUCUGCUGGCCCUAGGUCACGCCCAGGAAAUCGGCAAGCAGGACGCCGAGACGCAUCCCAAGAUCACCUGGCAGCGCUGUACUGGACCCAAUAAGUGCUCCAACGUCAACGGCGAGCUCGUCAUCGAUUCCAACUGGCGAUGGACUCACGUGGUGGAUGGCUACCAAAACUGCUACGACGGCAAUGAUUGGAACAAGACUGCAUGCCCGGAUGCCAACACUUAUACGAAGAACUGUGCCAUCGAGGGUGCCGAUUACUCGGGCACAUACGGUGUGAGCACCUCCGGCAACGCUGUAACCAUGAAGUUCCGAAAUAAACACCAGUAUGGUGUAAAUAUAAGGUCCCGCCUUUAUCUUAUAAACGGCGCCAAUAAAUACCAGAUGUUCACAGCCAAUGGCAACGAAAUCGCCUUCGAUGUCGAGAACGCUAACCUGGGCUAUGGCCUGAACGGUGCCGUAUACUUCAUGUCCAUAGACGAAAAUGGUGGAAAGUCGCGCUACUCGUCCAACAAAGCCGGUGCCAAGUAUGGUACCGGAUACUGCGACUCGCAGUAUGCUCGAGAUCUGAAGUGGGUUGGUGGCAAGGCCAAUGAGGCUAACAGCAUGUCCUUCGCAUUGACCCCCCAUCCAUGCAAGAAAGACGGAUACUUCGUUUGCAAAACGAAAGACUGCGGCGGUACAUACUCCGAGGAUCGCUACUCCGGUAGCUGUGAUCCUGAUGGCUGUAACUUGAACCCGUUCCGUCAUGGCAACACCGACUUCUACGGUACGGGAAAGACGAUCGAUACCAGCAAGAAGUUCACAGUCGUGACCCAAUUUCACGGCUCCGGCACAUCUCUCACAAGCCUAUCUCAGUAUUUCAUCCAGAACGGCAAGAAGUUUGAAGUUCCCAAGUCCAAGUAUAUGUCUGGUGGCAGCACGAUCGAUGCUGGCUUCUGUGAUGCUGCUAAGGAUCUUUUCAAGGACAACAAGCAGUUCCAAGAGAUGGGCGGUUUGAAGACGAUGGGUCAGGCUACCGGUAAGCCUAUGGUCUUGGUCUUAUCCGUCUGGGACGAUGCUUACGCCAACAUGCUUUGGUUGGAUGGCGAGAGGUACCCUCUUGACCGCGCCGCGUCCGAGCCGGGUGUUGCCCGCGGCGAAUGCGACGUCAACGGCAGCAAGCCCGACCAAGUCCGUGAAAAAUUCAAGAACGCCAAGGUCACUUACAGUAACUUCAAGUUCGGGCCCGUCGGAUCGACUUAUAACCUUUAA